UGUUAUUUCUUUUGAUUACUGAGGCCAAGCUGGUGGUUGUUGAUAAGUUUUCUGGUCGAUCUCGUGGAUUUGGUUUUGUUACAUAUGAUGAGAAAAGAGCUAUGGAAGAUGCCAUUGAUAAAAUGAAUGGAAUGAGCCUUGAUGGACGGUCUAUAACUGUAGACAGAGCUCAGCCACAAGGUUCAAGCAGAGAUCGUGAUGGAGGACAUGAUUAUGACCGUGAUAGGGAUCGGGAUCGUGGGCGUAGCUCUGGUGGGGGUCGAGGUUCUGGCGGAGACUGUUUUAAAUGUGGCAAGCCUUGUCAUUUUGCCAGAGAGUGCCCUAGUGAUGAUAGGUAUGGAGGUAGGGAUGACAGAUCUGGGGGAGGUGGCAGCAGUAGCCGUUAUGGAUCUGAUCGUGGUGGAGAUCGCUAUAGUGGACGUAGCCGAGAUAGUGGCAGUCGUGGUGGAUCAGGGAGUGAUCGUUAUAAUCGUGAUCGUUCUGGUCCGUAUGAACGCCCGAGUGGCGGCAGCUAUCGCAGUUGAUGAGGUGGUCACUUUUGUUUCAGGUGGUCAAUUGCGGUGGAGCUGCCUUUGUCAAAAGCUUUAUGGUGGCGUGCUGCUUGCUUGGUGACUGGCAACCAUGAACAUGCUUUCUUUCCUUCUAAGAUUUACCGGCGUGCUCUUCUUUUGCAAGUUUGGAUCUUUUACUGGAUGAUCUAUUGUGUUUAUCUGUCAGAUGUUCAUUUGCUGAUUGCAUCAACUGCUGCUUAAUAGUUGCUUGACCUGAAACUGAUCUUGGUACAUUAGUUUACAACUGUUGAUACUAAAUUCGAGUUGAUUGGCAAUCAAUCUCCUUUCUGGUUCUAAAAAAAAAA